CCUUGUCCCUUUUGAACCUUACGUGUAAUUCAACAUUUCGUCUAGAGUCACGCAAUCUUGUCACGCCUUACGUAAUAUGCCAUUCUCCCGCCACAAAUAGAAGACAUCCCUGAUUGGUAAGAAUGUUCAAACACACCCCUGUCAUGCCUCUGUGGUAUUCAUAUUGUUACGCUCACUGUUCUCUAGUUGAACAAGAAUCCGACUGAGAAGGAACGCUAAAAAUUGAAUACUAAAUUUAAGAAUAUCUGGUUUCUGAAAAAACUAGGAGACGCUAUGUUGUCAAGAUACGCGAAAUUGUCUCGAUAUUUGUGUUCGACUGGAAAUAUUUUGUUAAACCGCUCAUUCCACAAGGAAGUACAGACACCGAGAGUUCUUAUUACAGGCAGUCUUGGUCAACUUGGAACAGGUCUUGCUAGGUUAUUACGAGACAAAUAUGGCCGAGAAUCUGUCGUCAUGUCUGACAUCGCGAAAGCCCCUCCAGAGGUCCAUGAAGAAGGGCCUUACAUCUAUGCAGAUGUUCUGGACUUCCAAAGUCUCCAGUCUAUUGUUGUCAAUUAUGAUAUUGACUGGGUGGUUCAUUUUAGUGCCCUAUUGAGUGCUAUUGGUGAACAGAAUGUCCAUCAAGCACUUCAGGUUAACAUUCAUGGCUUCCAUAACAUCACAGAAGUGUGUCGAAAAUAUAACCUGCGACUCUUCUCUCCAAGUACUAUUGGUGCAUUUGGCCCUGACACACCAAGGAACCCCACCCCUGAUCUCACAAUCCAGAGGCCAAAAACGAUUUAUGGUGUUUCUAAGGUCCACAUGGAACUUUUAGGAGAGUAUUACCAUCACAGAUAUGGUUUGGAUUUCCGCUCAGCAAGAUUCCCUGGAGUAAUCUCUGCUGAUUCCAAGCCAGGGGGUGGAACAACUGAUUAUGCAGUUAACAUUUUUCAUGAAGCACUAAGAACUGGCAAGUACAAAUGCUACCUACGCAAGGACACUCGUAUGCCAAUGAUCUAUAUUCCUGACUGUCUUAGAGGUACAAUAGAGCUUCUGGAAGCUCCACAAGAAAAAUUAAAACUAAGAACUUAUAACCUUGGUGCUAUAAGUUUUACUCCUGAGGAAUUGGCCAAGGAAAUAAAGAAGUUUAUUCCUCAUUUCCAAAUAGAGUAUGAACCUGAUGAGAGACAACUAAUUGCUGACAGUUGGCCAGAAGUUCUAGAUGAUCACAAUGCUCGGCUUGACUGGGAAUGGAAACACAAGUAUGACUUGUCUGAUAUGGUAGCACACAUGAUGCAAUUGCUUGCACCAAAAUAUCUUGAUGUAAAGACCAGUACUAGGAACUAGUGCCUUGAGCAAUAUCAUAUUCAACAUAUGGUUGUAAAUUAACGACCAUGGCCAGUUUAUUCUGUAUACUGUAUAUUUAACAAAUUUACGAUGGUUGAGCGUGGUAUGUCCUCUUAUUUACCACGAUAUGACGUCAAAAGUUGGUCAAAAUGUUAUGGACUCACGAGGCGUAAGCCGAGUGGGUCCAUAACUAAUU